CGUCCGACGGCGACCUCUUGGCCGUCCACAGUAUCAAACAUGCCAUGGCGCUUUCCUCCCCGCUCGUAGAAUGGUCCGAUCCUGUCCUAGGUACCCUCGACCUUGCCGCCGACACUCUCCCACGCCCUGUUCGAGCUCCGGAACUUGCGACGCCUUCUCCCGGCUACGACAAUUCGCAUGUCGUAGACCUAACUGCUGGCACCUUCUUUCCCCUUGCCCCGAUUUCUCCGCCAAUUCCGUCUAAACUCGCUCGAGGCCACCGUCUCCCUGCUUUCGACCUUACCGAUAUCACGGCGUCAAUUCCGCACGAAGCCCUCUCCCCUGGCCUUGAUUUCUUCGCGAGCAAUGGAUGUGGCGGAUUUCCGAGCUCAGAUAAUCCAUUCCAAGAUCUGACUCCACAGAUAGGCCGUGUGUCAAUUCUUGGCGCAGUCGAUGAUGGCUGCCCUAAAAUCCCCGACAUCCUGGAACAAGUUCCUAGGUGCCUUCCAGUCAUUACUCCUCCGACUGAAGGAGGCUCUCUCCAUUGGGAGAAUUCAUCACACGUUAGGACGGUCCCUUCCGGUGUAGUAGACAAUCCCGAUCCCAACCUGGCGAGCCCGCCGAUGAGCGCAACCUCUCCAGCUGGCGAAACAAUCACUGGCGAAGCAGUAGGUGUCUCCGGCCCGCCAGAACCAACCUCUUCGAGUGACGAGCCGUGGGUACUGAAAAUCAAGACAUUGCUCCUGGAGAGCGCCGAUCCAGCUCCCGACACAUCAAUCAAGGUCCUGUCUCACGCGUUGCCUUGCCCUUCGGUAGCUGGCCAUAUGUUCCCGGAUAUCAUCGAUACCAUACACCGUAACACUCCGACUGUACCAACAACUUGGAUGAAUGUCUACCAUGCCGUACCGGGCCAAUAUAAGCUUGACGAAGUCCCGACCUCCCCCCCUUCCACUCCCGGCCCCACUGUUGUCGGAGACAGUUACUUCUCGACUAAGAUCUAUGAUAGCGCUGUGUGCGUGUCUGACUAUCAGGGCGACCUGAAGCUCAUGAAACCUUCCCCACAGCCCGUCGUCCCACCACUGUCGGUUCAUGUCUCUAUCGUUGAGAGAUAUAUUCCACCAACCAAUGUCCACGAGUUUGCUGAGUUACUUCUCUUCACUGGCCACUCGAUUCUCAUGGACCGCCUGAGUGAACUCUCUGUGAAGGGAUCGCUGUUGUUCGUCUAUCCAACCAAGACCGGAGCUAAGACGUUCAUGAAUCAGUACUUAGGGCCAAUUCUAGACCCUAUAUUGCGUUCAAUGGUAAUCGUCAACGACCUAUCUACGGGCCUGGGUCAGACUCUAGGCCCUAUGAACUCUGUCAACCACCUACUCGAUUUCGCUGUUCUAGAUUCCAAGAUUCGACGAUUCUGCGCCGAGCUCACGAAGGACAGCACAAAGUUGGCCAAACUCCAUAGCCAGAAGGUCGGAUUCUCCGUGGUACAUGCAUCAAAACAGGAAGUCCCUAUUGCUCGGGAAGUAUGGGCCGAGUGGUGGGUCAAGCAAGAGAAGCACAAAGUCCGCGAGACGGUUUCUAAGUUCUUCCGCAUCGCGCACAAGCUUCCUGCGGAAUCCCAGACCAUGCCCACCAACCUGAUCCAGGAGAUCCUGGACGGCGUUGUCAAGAAGGCCUACGAAAACGGAGGACCGAAGAAGGGAGUGGAAGUUGGAGUCUUCGUCAUUCGGAAGUUCCUGAAGGAAUGAGGGGGGCGAGUCCAUACACGACGGCACGACAGCGACUAAACGGCGACUAAAUACCCCUUUCUUUUCCUUUCUCUCUCUUUGCAUACUCGGAAGUAAACUAAAUUCCAUAGCAGUAUAGCAGCUAAUAACCAGAAUAACUGAUAAAUGUCAUGCUUGUGCCAUGUUUUUACCUUGUGAUGACGACGUUUGGGGUUCCUCAGGCUGUUUUCUGAUUGUUCAAAACAGUGAGUUUACAUC